UAUGCUACGUAGGCUUUAUCAGGCGCCUUCCCGCGCAAGAGCUUCCCUGUUCUCCUUGUUCUUCAGCGCUUACCCUCCGUGGUUCCUUAUUACUUUCUAAUCUCCAGGAUUUGAAUUCGCUGCCAUGUCUUCUGAAGAAGGGAAGCUCUUCGUCGGUGGGCUCAAUUUCAAUACAGACGAGCAGGCACUGGAAGACCACUUCAGCAGCUUUGGCCCUAUUUCUGAGGUGGUUGUUGUCAAGGACCGGGAAACUCAGCGAUCCCGGGGUUUUGGCUUCAUCACCUUUACCAAUCCAGAGCAUGCCUCAGAUGCCAUGAGAUAUGGAUAUGGUUAUGGGCGAUCCAGAGACUAUAGUGGCAGAAGCCAGGGAGGCUAUGACCGAUACUCGGGAGGGAAUUACAGAGACAAUUAUGACAACUGAGAGGCUUGUAGACAUGACAUGCACAAGGAAUAACACUUCUCAUCCAGGAUCAUCCUUCCAAAUCGCCGUAUAAAGAUUUUUGAAGCCGUGCUGAAACUUGAUUAGUAUAUUUACUAUUUUUUAAUUGAGUUCCCAAGGUAUCUUGUUAAAGACUUUUUAGAAAGCUCUGUGUUAUUUUAAUUUCCCCCAUUUAAAGUCAAAUUUCUGAGACAUUUGUAGAGUUAUGGGGGUUUUUCCUUAUAAAAGUUUUUAGUUUGGACUCUCAGGAUCAUUGAUUCUGGCACACAAAAAAAGUUGUGCCAGACUCAUGU